AUGGGAGGUGUACAUGGUAAGAGUGAAUCUCCUACUGCUUCAAUACCAGAGACAAAGCUCGAGGCCAAAGUGAUCGAGGCAAUGAAGAGGAGAGAAACUAAAGGGAGUUCCUUGAAAUCAUUUAACAGCAUUAUCUUAAAAUUUCCCAAAAUUGAUGGGAGCUUUAGAAAAUGCAAAGCUACAUUUGAAAAGUUCGAUGAGGAUGGAAGUGGUGCAAUAGACCCGCAAGAGCUGAAGCACUGUUUCCUCGAAUUGGAAAUUAAUUCCACAGAUGAAGAAAUCAAUGAUCUUUUCGAAGCAUGUGAUAUUAAUGAGGACAGGGGAAUGAAUUUCAAUGAAUUUAUCGUCCUUCUUUGCCUUGUCUACCUUCUGAAAGAUGAUCCUACCGCCUCGCAUGCUAAAUCUCGAAUCGGAAUGCCAAAUCUUGAAGCUACGUUUGAAACAUUAGUUGAUGCAUUUGUGUUUUUGGACAAGAACAAGGACGGUUAUGUUAGCAAGAAUGAGAUGGUUGUAGCCAUACAUGAAACUACUUCGGGAGAACGAUCUUCUGGGAGAAUAGCCAUGAAAAGAUUUGAAGAAAUGGACUGGGAUAGAAAUGGAAUGGUGAACUUCAAGGAGUUUCUUUUUGCUUUUACGCGUUGGGUUGGAAUUGAAGACGCUGAGGAAGACGUCUGA